CAACCAGUCUGACGUUCGUGCUAGCAGUGCGUGUUUGCGGCACAUUCAUUGCAACAGUAGGAUAAGUUUUUGUCGCAAUUUAGCUCUUAUUUUGUGUAUUUGUCCAAAGUUUCACAAACAAUGGAUACGAGCGUAAAGUCCAAUCUGCCAUGGGUGGAAAAGUACCGUCCGGCCAAACUUACGGACCUUAUUUCGCACGAAGAAAUCAUUGGCACGAUCAACAAAUUCAUCAAGGAAGAACAAUUACCACAUCUGCUGUUUUACGGACCUCCAGGAACGGGCAAAACUAGUACCAUUUUGGCCUGUGCCCGACAGCUGUACAAACCACAAUCCUUCGGUUCGAUGGUGCUCGAACUGAAUGCGUCCGACGAUCGUGGCAUCAACAUCGUGCGUGGACAAAUUUUAGAUUUUGCUUCCACGAAAACCAUAUUCAAGGGCGGAUACAAGCUAAUCAUUCUAGAUGAAGCCGAUGCCAUGACUAAUGACGCGCAAAAUGCGCUCAGGCGCAUCAUAGAAAAGUAUACGGAAAAUGUGCGAUUCUGCAUUAUUUGCAACUACCUCAGCAAAAUCAUUCCGGCCAUACAAUCGCGCUGUACACGGUUCCGUUUCGCGCCACUGUCGCCUGAUCAGAUUCUCCCGCGAUUAGAGCACGUCAUCGAAGCGGAAGGAAUCGACGUGACUGACGAUGGCAAAAAGGCACUCAUGACUCUGGCUGGUGGCGAUAUGCGAAAGGUGCUAAACGUUCUCCAGAGCACCUGGAUGGCGUAUAAAAAAGUAACGGAGGUGAACGUUUACAACUGUGUUGGGCAUCCACUUAAAGAAGACAUCAAUGACAUAAUAUUCUGGUUGCUUAACGAAGAAUCCUUCAAAACAUGCUAUGAAAAAAUUCAGCAGCUUAAGACGCAGAAAGGUUUGGCGUUAGAGGACAUUUUAACGGAGAUACAUUUGGUCGUCAAUCGAUUGGAAAUUCCACCACGCGUUGCAUCUCAGUUGUUGAUCAAUUUAGCAUCGAUCGAAGAACGAUUAGCGGAUGGGUGCGUCGAAAAGCCUCAGAUAACCGCUCUAAUAGCGGCGUUCAGCAAAGUGCGUAGUCUGGUAGUGUAGUUGAAGGUAAUUGGCAACAAAAAGUUAACAUAUUUUACCGAAGCUACUUCCGGAAAGCAAGAAGAAGCUGCUGUCAAGGUGCUUCAAUUACUUUAAAAAGAAUUAUUCCGGCCCUAUGGCAUUGAUUUGUCAAUUGUAAUCUUCUUAAUGGUUGAAUAAUACACGAAUAUGCUAUAUCACAAUUAAAAA